AUAUUGCUUCAUUCUGCUUUAUUGAAACAAUGCUCCAUUUCUUCUGAAGGUUAAAUUAUCUGAUAUCUGCACAGAUACAUUUAAGUUUGUUAAAGAGUAACAAUUUUUAACCAGGGUCCUCAUCGUCUCACUGUCCUUUUAAAGGCUGAAAGGAAAUGAUUUGAUGUUUGAUGUGGUUAAAUAGUGUGAAGGUUUUGUUGGGACCCAUGAAGCAGGACAGAGUCCUGAACCUUUUAGAUGCGUUUCUGCAUAACUAAACCUGAAAAAAUAAAAGACAAUCAACUUUCCCAGAGAAACAUCUAAACAGCGCCCUCAUGCGGACACAAAUUCUAAUUAAAUAGAGAACAUUAACAACACAUUCAAUUUCAAGACACCUUGUAAAACCAAUAAGUCCAGUUUACAUAAAGAAAUAUGUUUUCAUUUUAACCCAAACAAAGUUACCUAUAUGCAUUCCCAUAAAACAAUACAAGUUACUAUUUUCUUUCUUCCUUUUACUCUUUCUGUCUAUUUUAAGUCAAAUUUUGUAAAGUUCUUUACUCUGUGGCCAGAAAAUAACUCGUGUUCAGUUUGCAGUGCAAAGGAAGACAGAUCCGUCAUGCCGUGUAAAUAUGGGAACUCCUCUAAAAUACUGUUACUCUGAGCUUUUAAAUCUCUGAAAACAAGAUGGCUGACUUCAAACAUCUGCAGUUACUGUCUCUGUGAUUGUUCCAACGCUUUUGUUGUUGAAUCAGAUCGUGAGUACAGUUAAAACUCAAAAAAUACUUUCAUGUUGAGAGGAUAUUUAUACAAUAUUAAUUAUUAAGAUGGACAUUUCUAACAAAGAAAGGUAAUUGUAGCAGUUUUAGUCUGAUAAAAUAAUUAAAGGUGUCUCAAAAGAAUUUAAAUCCCCAACACAGCAGAAAUUAUCACUAAAUGAUCCCACUACGGAAAGCCGUGAAAACUUUCCGUUUACCGGAAAGUCUCGUUUCCGGUAAACUAUCCAAGGAGCAACAGCUGUUCCUCCCUGACAGCUGUAGAGUGUUGCUGUUUAAUCCGCCGUUUUCCUGCAGGUUGUCAUCAUAAAACGGCGCAGAGAUUUUGAAAAGAGCAAAAUGUCAACUCCUGAGCUCGCGCCUAUUAUUAGAAAGUGACGUAAUGGCGCUGAUGGCGCAUCUCCUCCGCUGCGUUGCAUCGCCGGAAUCAGCACCGUUAAAACGGACCGCUGAUUGUCCCUCCUUUUCCCACAUGGACCGGAACCGGGCGGCACCACGUGACUCCGGAUCCCCGGACUGAGCCAGUUCAUCACACCGCAUCAUGGCUGCGGAGGAUGAGGCUGCGCGGUGCUGCCUCAGGUCCCCGCAGUCCCGCGGGGCUCCGCUCUCUCCGCCCCGCUGCCUAUGGCUCCUGCUCGGCCUCUGCUGGCUGAUGCCCACCCCGGCUCUCUGCCUGCUCGGCUUCCGUCCGGAGGAGACCGGAGCGGAGCUGUCCGUGGACGACGGGGUGCUGAAAGCCACGGAGGGAACCCGCUUCAUGCUGCGGGUGUACUACUCCACCUCCCCGCAGAAGCUCAACCGCACCGCGGGGACCCGCGCCAACAAUGCCGCGCCCUGGAUCGCCUUCAUCGAGGAGCCGAGUCCCGGCAGAGAGGGACAGGUCCACCCCAAGAGGAACAUGUGCAUGGACAAGAACGCCAGGACGUCCGACAUCGAGGUUUUAGGUUCCUUCAAGUCUGCUUCCAGUCAGAACUCUGUGCUGGUCGAGCUGCUGGCCAAAGACUUGCGAAGAGGGGAGAAGAUUAAGUAUUACUCCAUGUGCGCCUUCGACGGAUCCAAGUGGGAACACUACCGGACAAGAGACUUCUGGGUCGCGGUGACAGAGCGCUCUGCUGUCCCGGAGCUCUGGCUGCAGGUCCUGGUCUCCGUCCUGCUGCUCGGCUUAUCGGCUCUUUUCAGCGGACUGAACCUCAGCCUGCUGGCGCUCGAUCCGGUGGAGCUACAAGUCCUGCAGAACAGCGGCACCGACAAGGAGCAGAACUACGCGCGGAAGAUUGAAUCUGUGCGUCGGCAUGGGAACUACGUCCUGUGCACGCUGCUGCUGGGCAACGCGAUCAUCAACGCGUCCUUGGCGGUGUGGAUGUGCCAGAUCCUGGGCAUGACCUGGCUCUCCACCGUCAUUUGCGCCUUUGGCAUCUUCUUCAUCGGGGAGAUUCUUCCUCACUCCGUGGCAUCGCGUCACGGCCUGGCCAUCGCGUCCAAAACCAUCUGGGUGACGCGGCUGUUGAUGGUGCUCUCCUUCCCCAUUUCCUACCCCAUCAGCAAACUGCUGGACCUCAUUCUCAACCAGGAGAUCUCCAACUUCUACACCAGAGAGAAGCUCCUGGAGAUGCUGCGCGUCACAGACCCGUACCACGACCUGGUGAAAGAGGAGCUGAACAUCAUCCAGGGCGCGCUGGAGCUGCGCACCAAGACGGUUGAGGACGUCCUGACGCCGCUGAGCGACUGCUUCAUGCUGGCGUCGGACGUGGUGCUGGAUUUCAACACCAUGUCGGAGAUCAUGGAGAGCGGCUACACCAGGAUACCGGUGUUCGAGAACGAGAGGUCCAACAUAGUGGACAUCCUGUUUGUCAAGGACUUGGCCUUCGUGGACCCGGACGACUGCACUCCGCUGAAAACCAUAACGCAGUUCUACAAACACCCGCUGCACUGCGUCUUCAACGACACCAAGCUGGACGCGAUGCUGGAGGAGUUUAAAAAAGGAAAGUCUCACCUCGCCAUCGUGCAGCGCGUGAACAACGAGGGCGAGGGCGACCCGUUCUACGAGGUGAUGGGCAUCAUCACCUUGGAGGACGUGAUUGAGGAAAUCAUCAAGUCGGAGAUUCUUGAUGAGACGGAUCUCUACACUGAUAACCGGACAAAGCGGCGGGUUUCCCACCAUGAGAGGAAGCGGCAGGACUUUUCCAUCUUCAAACUGUCGGAAAAUGAAAUGAAAGUCAAGAUUUCCCCCCAGCUGCUCCUGGCAACACAUCGCUUCCUCUCCACAGAGGUGGAGCCCUUUAAACCUGCGCACAUCUCAGAGAAGAUCCUGCUGAGGCUCAUCAAGCACCCCAGUGUGGUCCAGGAACUCAAAUUCGACGAGAAGAACAAACGAGCUCAGGACCACUUCCUCUUCCACCGCAACAAACCGGUCGACUACUUCAUCCUGGUUCUGCAGGGCCGAGUUGAGGUGGAGUUUGGUAAAGAAGCGCUGAAGUUUGAGAACGGAGCUUUUUCUUACUUUGGGGUACCUGCCAUCAUGUCAACUGCCCACAGAUCGCCCUCUCACAGCAGCGGCCUGGAGCGCUCUGAGUCCAUGCUGUACGCCGGAAGUUUGGGUCAGCUGAACGGAGGAGGGAACUUCUACCUGCCGGACUACUCCGUGAGGCAGCUCACCCCCCUGCAGGUCAUCAAGAUUACGCGUAGCCACUAUCAGAAUGCGCUGACAGCCACCAGGAUGGACAGCUCCCCUCAAACUCCUGAUGCUGACCUCCGCCUGGCAGAGGCCAACACCCCGACCCCUGACCCUUCAGCCACAGGCAACGCUGCUACGCUCAUGCCCUUCGAGCCGACCACAGCCACCCUGCUGCCCCCGCCCAGGGAGCCCAGCCGGCCCAGCUCGGCCCGCACCAGAGGACAACAGUCCAGCGUCCCACACAGCACCUCGGUGCUGAAUGAGAAGAACCGCAUUGUCCGCAGUAAGUCUGACGGUCAGAAGAGUCCCAGUGAUUCUGUGUUCCUCAGGAUGGAUGAGAUCCCGUACAUCCGAGAGGACCGAUCAGAGACCGACACACACUCAGACAUGGCCUCGGUUCCCAUAGAAACAGACACAUCGCCUUUCAUCAGCAGCAUGUCGCUGAGCGGCUCAGAGGACACGCUGGGCAAGAAACUGCUACUCAAACUUAGUCACAAGAAACGGAAAAAGUCCCGUGAAGGAGACAAAACCCCAGAGGACAUUUCAGAGCAGCCGCUGGUGAAAACCUAGCAGUGACUGAAACAGAGCAGAAGACGCCAUCAUCUGAUGGCUUCAUAAAGACUACAACUAUCAGAGUUUUAUCUGAAAACUGUGCACUGACGGUGACCUUAAACGAAACCGACCGGAGUUUGCUGGUCAAUUAGAUCAUUUUUUGACUUCAGGUUGUGAAUUAGAAAUAAACUAUAGCCUCUCACCUUUA